AAUAAAUCCAUCAAAUGUUCCUGAGCAUCUUCAAACACGCUCGUUAACAAGAAAAUCACCAAAUAAAAAGAGGAUAAGCUAAGCUAUAGCAAUGGCACCGUAUCAUGAAUUCCUCACUCAACGCGCUGUUGAGGCGACUGAAUCCCACCUCUACAAGCGCGACCUCACCGUCAAUCACACCCAGGCCGUUACCCUCGGUGUUAUGGCCGCCUAUGUCGUUGUGAUUGCUAUUCUCUGGAAUCUGCCGUUUCUGCGAUACUCUCUAUGGCCCUUCAAGAUGCUCGUGAUCGCCUUCCACGAAUUCGGCCAUGCGAUAACAGCCUGCUGCACAGGCGGGCGCGUGAAAUCCAUCUCUCUCGACCCCCACGAGGGCGGCGUCACCCACAUGCAGGGCGGCAUGACCGCAAUCACCCUGCCGGCGGGGUACCUGGGGUCGUCGAUUAUCGGGGCGCUGCUGAUCUUCGCCGGGUUCAACAUCACCGCGAGUAAAGUCGCGAGUAUCAUUCUCGGCGUGUGCUUUCUGUUGACACUUUGGUGGGCGCGUAGGGAUUGGCUGACCAUCAUCACGGUGCUGUUGGCUGUCGGGCUGUUGGUUGCUUGCUGGUUCAUUGCGCAUGGGCAGGCGCUUCGAUGGGUUGUUCUCUUUAUCGGUGUCAUGUCGGCGCUUUACAGUGUCUGGGAUAUCUGCGACGACCUAAUCCUCCGAAAAGUGAACUCCUCAGACGCAAGUGUCUUCGCCCAGCGCUACGGCGGCUCCUCGCGCUGCUGGGGUCUCCUCUGGUCGCUGGUUUCUCUCAUUUUCAUUGCUAUCGCAAUCGUUGCUGGCAUUGCAGCGUUCCCACAGUCGUUUAGCCAGCAGGAGGAUGAUUCGAAGGGAUUCCUGCCCACGAAAUUCUAAACUUUUGUUUUUUUUUCUUAUUAGCGUUACGCAUUUUUCUAUUAUACCAUGGGUUCAAUGAUUGAUGGGUGAUUUUCUGUUUUCGGCGUGUAUAGGUUUCGGGAUGGUUAUCGGCUUCUCAACGUUGAUUAGUUUUAGCAGUUUGAUACCACAACGGGCAGCUUAGUGAGGGAGGUUAAUUCUACCUAUUUAGCAAGAAGUGACACUUAAUGGCUCUACGGAGGCUUGUGAGCGACUAAGACAUAUCGGUCUUCGAAACAAGUUUAAGUGAUGGACUGCUUCGUGAAUGUGAAUCGGCUUCAAAGGCUGAAUUAGCUAUAGCCAUGCUGCUAUCUACCUAUGUUGUAGGUGCUGAAACAGGUUUGUAUAAUCCACCAGGAAGCCACCAAAGAACGUAAUUGAUCUAUUCCAUCGAUACCCUAGCCUUCCAGGACGAAACUAAGAUGGAAUGUGACGCCAAGUAAAUGUACAAAAACGGGGAGAUGAAUAGUC